UUUCAUUUCAGCUAACCAAGUUCUAGCAGAAUCCCCCUUGCUCCUGGCUUUCAGUUCUCUCCGGAACUCAUUUCCUUCAACAAAUUAAUCAUGACUAGACCAAGACAAUCUCUCCUUACCUCUCUCCCUCUCUAAACAAAUACUCAUUCAUUAUAGAACUGGUCUUGGAUAAUUUUGGAGCUGAAUAGUAAUUUGAGCCACGGAGUUAAGGUACAAAGCAUUUUCUUGCACCACUUUUGGAAAUUGGAUAUGAUGGUGUUUGUUUCUUAAAAAUUGAUUGUAGAAGAAGCUGUGAAGGAUUGCAAGUUGAACUUUUGCUUUAAGGAAGGAUCAUUGCCAUUUAAGCUUGUUCUUUUCACUUUACAGCCACAUUUUGCUAGAAUGAGCAAGAUAACAAACUCAAUGGCCUUGGGAGGAUGUUGCAUGAACAAACAGUGACUAAUCUCUUCGGUAGAAGGCAAUCAUGUUAUGAUCUUGCACAAAGCCGGACCAUUUUUAAUAUUUAGAGCUAAUCCUUGCAAGAAAAACUGGGAUUUCUGUUCCUAAGCCUUACAUUUUGUUCAGUUGAAAAAGUGAGUGAUGGCAGACGCCAUUUCGGCAUUAGCAAGUCCUAUUUUAAAACUGGCUGGCGAAAAACUUGCUUCGUUAAUCCAGGAUGAGAUUCUUACUCUUGCUGGAUUCGAGAAAGAUGUCAAAACCUUGCAGGAUAAGUUCAUGGAUAUCCAAAAAGUUAUUGAAGUUGCAGAGAAGAGUCCCCGAAGGUCAGAGGUGACAGAUCUCCUUGAAGAGUUGAAAGAUGCAACUUAUGACGCUGAAAAUGUUCUAGACAUGCUAUCAACAGAGAUGCUGAUAUGGAAUGAAAUGCGGCAGGUAAAUACCUGCCCACCUGUUGCACCUGAUUGGAUUUUUCGUUUGAAAAACAGGUCAACAGUACAUGACAUACAUGAAAUCAUGCAAAGGUUUGAUUCAAUCAAACAGAGGUUUUUAAGUAUAAAAGAUUUGUUGAGCCAUGUCAGAGAAGAUUCUGUUGGCAAGGAAAAGGAGAAAGAGGGUCCAGCUGGAAGUAGCCCUGUUAUGGAUCCUGGGGUUGUCGGCAGGGUAGAGGAGAAAAGUGAAAUAAUUAAGAUGUUGAAAUCGAGUGGCAACAGUGUGGAGGGUCGGGUUUCUGUGACCACGAUUACAGGUAUGGGGGGCAUAGGGAAAACAGUGCUUGCUCAGCAAGUGUAUAAUGACAGUGAGCUGGCUGGGCACUUUGAUGUUAAAAGAUGGAUUUCUGUUUCAGACAGUGAAGGUACAAUUAAUAUGAGCAGAAUCUUUGACGAGAUUAUUGAUGCUUGUGCUAAGGAUUACAUACCUGUCGGUAGCCUGGAAUCAAAGCUACAGCACUCUGUGGAAGGACUUAAACUUCUACUUGUCUUGGAUGAUGUCUGGACUGAAAAUCUCGAGGAUUGGAAAAAGCUGGAGAAAGGCUUAUUGAAAGCACAUAACGGAACUAGGGUGAUUGUAACCGGUCGAACAGAAAAUGUAUUUGGUUUGAGUCCGCAGAAUGUGCCGAUCCCCCAUAUUUCCUUGGGAAAAUUGCCCCAUGAGGAUUGUCUGAAAUUAUUUGCCAGAAAUGCAAUUAACGGGGAUGAAUCAGACCUAGUGAAUAAAGGUGUAAAGGCUAUUGCUGAUGGAAUUGUGAGCAAAUGUGAUGGUUUACCUCUGGCUGUAGAGGUUAUAGGAUGUCUUUUAAGAAAUAAAGCUCUUGAUACAUGGUCGGAUAUCUUGAAUAAUGAUCUGGCCAAGGUAGAAGAGGAAUAUAGAGAUGAGAAGCAUAGAACACUAUUUGUCCUUAGACUAAGUUAUUUUCACCUCCCACCUGAACUAAAGCACUGCUUUUCAUUUUGCUCCAUAUUCCCUAAAGGCCAUGAGUUUGACAAAGAUGAACUAGUCAAAUUGUGGAUGGCUCAUUCACUGGUUCAGCCGAGUAAGUUGGCAGAAACACUGGAGGAUAAAGGACGCAGAUGCUUUGACAGGCUGCAAGAGCUUUCCUUCUUUCAGCAACAGCCAGAGUCAGAGAAGUACAGGAUGCACGACUACCUUCACAAUUUGGCAGAAUUAGUUUCUGGAAAGUAUUCUUGCAUAGUGAAAGGUGAAAAUCCAAGUCCCAUUGACCCGAAAACUCAUCACAUUGCGCUAAUGUGUGAAAAAGUGGAGGGCGCAUCUAAAUCCAUUAACAAGUGUAAGAAGUUGCGUACCAUUCUCAUGCCAAUGUCUCGUAAUUCCUUAACAGACUUUGGUGAGACACUUGGUAAAAUGUUCCAGACUCUGAAAUACCUACGUGUUCUAGAUCUGAGUUCUAGUAGUGUUGUAGAGUUGCCAAAAACACUUGCAGAGUUAAAGCUUCUUUGCUUCCUUAACUUGUCGAGAACUAAGAUCAAGUGGCUACCAAAUGAACUAUGCAGUUUGCUGAACCUGCAAACGCUUAAGCUCUUGGACUGCCCUUGGUUAUUAGGAUUACCCAAGGGCCUCAGUCGCUUGAUCAACUUGAGGCAUCUUGAGAUUGAGGAGGCAUUCUGGAAAUACAGGUGCCCCAGGCAGCCACCAAACAUUGGUAGACUGACUUCUCUUCAUAAUCUCCACAAGUUCUGUGUUGGUGAAGCCAAGAAAGGUUUUGGAAUUGAAGAAUUAAAGGACAUGAAGUGCCUUGAAGGAUCACUGCAUAUAAUGGAGCUCAAUAAAGCAGAACGCGCAGCCGAGGCAAACUUGAAAGACAAACCAAGAGUCCGAGUUCUAGAGUUAGAAUGGGCUGCUGAGACUGAGAGAGAGAUUGCACGAUUGAAAGGUAAAACACCUGAUGAAUAUGAUGCCGAGGUUCUGGAAGAUCUUGAACCUCAUUCAAGUCUCACAAAGCUCAGAGUUCACAGAUAUUGUGGUAAAAGGACUCCUUCUUGGUUAAGUAGGGGGAAGCUUCAACUUCUGAAAACCCUUAUACUAGAGGGAUGCCACAACCUUGAAACUCUCAUGCUUGGUAGGCAAGAAAAUCUUGAAGUUAUUUGCAUUAAGAAUAUGCAGAAACUGAGGGAAUUCUCUGCACAGCUCGAGUGCCCUGUACUGCACACCCUGAAGAUUAUCAACUGCCCCGACCUGAUUCAGUUGCCCCGAAGCAUUCCCGAAUUACAAAUUUUGAAGGUCAAAAAGUGCAAUUCUCUGAAGGUAAUUCCUCCUCUGAUAUAUUCUGGAACUCUAGUGCUUGUAGACAACCCUGUACUUGAGGGUUUCCCGGGCAAUUACUCUGUGGAUUUUCGCGACUUUGGCGCGUAUAUUUGGAGAUGUAUGAUUACAAAUUGCCCAAAAAUCCAUGGUCUUCCAGCAAAAUAUUACAACAGCUGCAGUGCAUCAAUUAACCGUAAACUAGAGAUUGGUGAAUGUGAAUCAAUCGAUUUUGAUCCAUUAGAGCCUCUGACACAGCUUGCAAUAGAUACAUGCCGCAGUGAUACACUUUUGGAGGCAAUGAAUAUCAUCAGUGAGUACAAAUUCAGAAUCACCAGCGAUUCUGUUGUCUCAUUGCAUUACUUGCAGUCCUUGAGCAUUUCCAACAUAUCAGACUUGAUUUCCUUUCCAACAUCAUGGGAAGUACAAAUCACAUCACUUUACAUUUCAGCCUGCAAAGAUUUGGAAGACCUCUUUGAUUCUGAACAAUCUUGCAAAGGAAGUUUACCACGUCUUGUGAACUUGUGUAUUCGUGAUUGCCCCAAGCUUUCAAAAUUUCCAGAAGAAGGACUGCCUCCCAAGCUUGAACUUCUAGUGGUUCAGUCAUGCAUCAGCCUUGAAUCUCUCGGGCCCCCUGAUACCUUAAAAGACCUUACUUCACUGGCAGAUGUUUGCAUUGUGGAUUGCCCAAAGCUUCAGUCAUUUCCUGCACAGGGAUUUCCCUCAUCUCUCCAGCACCUACGUAUCCGAGAUUCCCCCUUGCUGACAGAAAAAGUUAGCAAAAAUGAGAAGGGCAGAGGCCCAGAUUGGCCAAAGAUCAUGAACAUCCCUUACCUGGAAAUUGAUGAAGUCCAUCCAUCUCCAGCACCAGUCUUUGCUUCUUGUUCCCGGAGUUUGGCAUGCUUUAAAGGCCAUUGAUUGAAGCAGGAUGACGUGUUGCAAGAACAGGAGCUCUCAUUGUGGCUCCAGCUUGAAGUCCUCUGUUCGCCUUGUUAUUGCUUGUUUGCAGGAAAUUUGGUUUGAGUGGUGAAAAAUAAAGAUGGAAUCUGCAGGAAUGUUAAUAAAGUGCAGUAAGCAUGAAUCUGCAUGAAGAUAGAUGGAUGCCUCUGCUAUCGACGCCCAACAAUUCCUGGAUUUCUUUCCAAUCUGUAUUCUGCUGAAUAAAUACCUAAAGAGUAUGAUUGUUGAUGAGUUGUAAUUCUAUUUCUGGUCAAAAUUAAUGUUGAUGGAAAAAAGAAGCAUGCUACUACUAGUGACACUAUGUUGUAUGGUUUGUGUAUUUAUAUAAAUGUACGUUGGCUUUUGUGUACAAGCAUGAAAUGGAGUGGCUUUUUACUA